AGGGGCAAGGCACAGACUGAUAGCAGAACAAUCACCACCAAGCCUGGAAGAAGUGCAAGGGCUCUGCUGACGGCUUCCUAAGGUGCCAAAGAAAUGAGGAUGGAGGAAGGAAUGAAUGUUCUCCAUGACUUUGGGAUCCAGUCAACACGCUACCUCCAGGUGAAUUACCAAGACUCCCAGGACUGGUUCAUCUUGGUGUCUGUGAUCGCAGACCUCAGGAAUGCCUUCUACGUCCUCUUCCCCAUCUGGUUUCAUCUUCAAGAAGCUGUGGGCAUUAAACUCCUCUGGGUAGCUGUGAUUGGAGACUGGCUCAACCUCGUCUUUAAGUGGAUUCUCUUCGGUCAGCGUCCAUACUGGUGGGUUUUGGACAGUGACUACUACAGCAACACCUCCGUGCCUCUGAUAAAGCAGUUCCCGGUCACCUGUGAGACUGGACCAGGGAGUCCCUCUGGCCAUGCCAUGGGUACAGCAGGUGUAUACUACGUGAUGGUCACAUCUAUUCUCUCCAUCUUCCGGGGAAAGAAAAAGCCGACCUACAGAUUUCGGUGCCUGAACGUCAUUUUGUGGUUGGGAUUCUGGGCCGUGCAGCUGAACGUCUGUCUGUCACGAAUCUACCUUGCUGCUCAUUUUCCUCAUCAAGUUGUCGCCGGAGUCCUGUCAGGAAUUGCUGUUGCAGAAACCUUCAGCCACAUCCAUGGCAUCUAUAAUGCCAGCCUCAAGAAAUAUCUCCUCACCACCUUCUUCCUGUUGAGCUUCGCCAUCGGAUUUUAUCUGCUGCUCAAGGGGCUGGGUGUAGACCUCCUGUGGACUAUAGAGAAAGCCCAGAGGUGGUGUGAGCGGCCAGAAUGGAUCCACAUUGACACCACGCCCUUUGCCAGCCUCCUCAAGAACGUGGGCACGCUCUUUGGCCUGGGGCUGGCUCUCAACUCCAGCAUGUACAGGGAGAGCUGCAAGGGCAAACUCAGCAGGUGGUUCCCAUUCCGCCUCAGCUGCAUUGCAGCCUCGCUCGUCCUCCUGCACCUCUUUGACUCCUUGAAACCCCCCGCCCAAGUUGAGCUGGUCUUCUACAUCUUGUCCUUCUGCAAGAGUGCAGCAGUGCCCCUGGCAUCCGUCAGUGUCAUCCCCUACUGCCUCGCCCAGGUCCUGGGCCAGCCGCACAGGAAGUCUUUGUAAGGGAUGUGGAGUCGUCAGUAUCUAAAGUCAACAACUAUGCCAGGGAUUGAGGAGAACUAGUAUCUGAAGCAAUGGCUCCAGUGUUUGGAGCAAGUGACAUGCCAUCCAUUCUGCCAUUGUGGAAUUAAAUCACAGAUGGCAGAUUGGAGGGUCGCCUGGCUUAUUCCCAUGUGUGACUCCAGCCUCUUUCAGAUGGAAGUGCCAUAUCACAUACACCCUCCCACCACAUGCAAGUUUCCCGCCAGGGGUCCUCCCCUCUCUAGUUGAAUACUCUCAGAGGUGGGGAGCUCACUCCCACUGUAACAGCCCAUUUUAUCUUUGAAUGGUGUUCUGCCAGCCCAUGUUGAGGCCAGAGGUUCUGUCAGCUCAAGUGGCCCUCUCCCCCUUUUACAAUUCUAAUCAUAUUGGUGUUGAAAAGCUAAUGAAGCUAUUGAGAAAGA